GCAUCUCCUCCUCCUCCUCCUCCUCCUCCUCCUCCUCCUCCUCCUCCUCUUCCUCUUCCUCACAGUCCACCACCGAGCAGCCGGUCCUCGGGUCGACCACCCGGCGGUGUGAAACGGUGCAUCAUGUCCUCUGAGCCGGACCCGGUGUCGGUUUCACUACUUCUUUGGGGAUUUACGCGGACGAGCGGACGCAGACUCCGGAUGGAUGCGAAGCGCAGAGAGCUGUAAGUUUGGAGGGAAACUGGAAAACUGGGAAAAAACUUCUUCGUAUCCGGAGCAGAUUUUCGUAUUUUGAUGAACAUGCUGUGGUGGAGGUGGAGGGGAUCACCUCGGGAAUCAUCUUCAUCAUCAUCUUCAUCAUCUGCUGCUGCUGGACGCCGCUGCGCACAAAAUCUCACUGCUGCUUAAAAGAUCUCCUCCAAACUGUGGAUUUGUCACUUCAGGCUUCAGUGCGUGUUUUUUUCUAUAUCCCGGAGAUGUCCCCUGUCUCUGGUCUCCGUCCUCCUCUGGGUCGGACCUGGAUGGAUGUGGUGCAGUGAGGACGUUAACGCACCAGCAUCAGGACCAGGAUCAGGAUCAUCUCAGUUUGGACUUUUUGGUCUCCCUCAUGCAGCUCCUCCGGCUGGCCUGGGCUCUGACUGCAGCUGCGGUCUGCUUCCUGCUCCUCCUGAUCCUCCACAACCACAUCCUGAGAGAAGGUCAGCUGGCGGCGGGGACCUGUGAGAUCGUCACUCUGGACCGAGACAGCAGCCAGCCGAGGAGGACCAUCGCCCGACAGACGGCCCGCUGCGCCUGCAGGAAGGGACAGAUCGCCGGGACGACACGAGCCAGACCGGCCUGCGUAGACGUUCGUAUCGUGUGGACUCGACAGUGGUGCGAGAUGUCUCCGUGUUUGGACGAUGAAGGUUGUGAUCUCCUGAUCAAUCAGUCGGGCUGGACCUGCACGCAACCGGGAGGCCGAGUCAAGACCACCACGGUCUCCUGACAGCGGCGGCGAGGACAGACGCUCCCCAGAGAGAGACUGGUUCCCAUCGUCCAUCGCCCAUCACCGCCAAGCGGACCAUCAGCCGCUGCCGCCAAUGCUACUGACGAACCAAUCAUCAGCUUCUAUCAGAGCCGAGGGGCGGGGCAUCGCCACUUCCUCAUGCUUGGGCGACCUGUGGAAACUGCAGCCUGACGUUCUUCUUCUUUCUGGGAAGACAAUGUUUAUUUUCCAGGAGAUUUGGAAAAAUAAGCGGAUUAUUACGACGGGCUGCUGGAUUUCUUUUUGUUUGGAACAAAACUCUGUUUCGUUUUACAGACCAAAGAUGAACAGAGCCGACAAUGAGACGUUUUUAGACACCAUGCACCACCACAUCUAUGUAAAGAAACAAACACAUUGUGAUAUUAUACAGUAAGUGACUUAACUGAGCAAAGUAAAAUUGUAUAUGAGUUCAUGAUAAAAACGUGUAUCUGUAUGAAGAGAGCUGUCGAUGUUUCUGUUGGGACGACUGGGAUAUUCAUGUGCUGAACAUCAGUCGGGUGGAGAAGGUGAAAAAUCACAUUCGCCAUUUUUAUGAUGAGAACAUAAAACUUUGUGCACUUUUAGCAGAAACCUGGAGACAUAUUUACUUAGACUAAGUUACGCCACACUUCCGGUGUUAACUACGAUCUUGACUGAAGCGGAAAUUGACGCUGGACAUACGUAAGGCCUAUUGAAAGGGGCUGAGACACAGGCGGACACGGGGUAUGGGGUAUGACACAUGCGCCGUGUAACUGGAGCUACGGACAUGCAUUGCGAUUGGCUCAAUUUCGGCGAGUACAUACCAGGUUUUACUGUGCAUGUGUUAUACCCCAAAGAUAUGAGAUGAUGAGAUGAUGAUUUUAGAUUGUAGUUACUUGAAAGCCCGGUGCAUCUCGUAUAGACGCUAAAGGGUGCCUUGUGUGUCGAUAUCAGACAAAGCGUUGGUGUUUGAUGCUCUGGGAAUGAGAUGUAUUCUCCAAGGUGUUUGAUAUCAGUAUGCAAAGUUUCCCCUUUUCAUUAUAAAAACUGCGGAGCUAUAAAUGAUUUCUGGCUCUCCUCCACCAGACUACAUUAUGCAUUCAAUCAGAUUUUACAUUCUCCAACAUGCAGCACGGUAGGUUUUAAUGAAACAACAAGCAAACCAUUUCACACUAGAGGCCAAGCUGUCAUGUCUGUUUGGGAGGGGAGAGAGAGAAGCAUUAAAUGUAUUUUCAAAAGCCUAAAGUUCUAUAUUUAACAAUUGUAUAUGUCGUAUCUUUGUAGAAAACCUUUAUUUAACACAUCGCUGCUGUUCAAAGCUCACUUUCGGUUUCCGACAGUCAAACUGUUUCACAGCAGGGACGGAGGGAGAGAUUUUUAUUCCACUUUCUGAUUAGUCAUUCUUUAUAAAGCAUUUAUAAGUUGUAACUAAUGGUUUUAUUAAUUGUUAAUGAAUAAUGAACUAUUAAUACCUAAACUUUUGGUUUGCUUGACUGGUUAUGUCUGCAGUUAUAAAUAAUAGUAAAGGUGUCUUACAAUAUUCCAUCAAGUCUACAGCUGUAAAUAUUAUUAACAAACAUAAUGUCAGAGAGUUAAAGACCUAUGAAGAUACAUCAAGUGUCAUAAGAGGAAGGAUCAGCAUUAUUAAUUAAUUAACAAUAAAGUCAUUAGUUACAACUUACAAAUAUUUUUUUAUGAGAAAGUGGCGUCGAGUUUUCCUUCAGUUAUUGUAGGUUAUGUACACCAAAUCCCAGAAUGCAGUGUGUCUGUAGGUCAUUGCCUUAUUUCAUCUCCGUCUCCAUCAGCUGGAGGAGAUUAACUCACCCUCUCUGUUUUCUCUGCCAGUAUGAACCAUAUUUUUCAUUAAACAGAAAACACGAGUU